AGUCUGCCCACAUAGAGCGAGAUAGUGAUACAUAGGUUGUGCUUCAAGUAGGUAUUCGGAGUGUGGCCUCCAUUUUUAUCUAUAGCUUCAUGGCCGCGGGAAGGACGCGGGGCGGGGCGGGAAACGACAGCCGGCGCUUUACUCUCUGGCAGUUCAAGCGUUCACACAAAGGAAGCGGUCGCAGAGCGAUCCAGGAGCGGGAAUGUUAGUUAUAUUUUUAACUUAUUACAAAUACGCAGAUUCAUCAUGAAAACGACUGAAAAACUUAUUGAUUUAGUAAAACCACAUCCGUGUCUUUAUAAUACCAAAGACAGACAUUAUAGACACACGUAUAAAAAGGAUAUGAUUUGGGAAAAAAUAUCAAAGGCUUUAAAUCAAAAUUGUGAUGAGACGAAAGCUAAGUGGAAGAACCUUAAAGACUCUUACGUAAAAUAUAAAAAAGACAUAAAGGAUACCACGGGUCAAAAAAGAAAAUAUCUAAAUUGGACUUGGGCUCCAUAUUUGUCAUUUCUAGAUUGCAUUCCAGAACGUAAAGUGACGUCAUCCGAUAUUUUGAAACCGGCUGAAACUCAAGCCGAUGAUUUUCAGAUGGAUGAAACUUUAUCACUUGAUAUGCUGCAUGAGCCGCUGCAAAGGCCCGAAUCGCCACACACUGCCCUUUCAGAAACAUCUACUACGAGCCUACUUGAGACACUGCCGACACCGCCAAUUUCUUUACAUUCUGCAUCCAAAAAGAUCAAACCGCCUAAAAACGACAUGGAUAAGGUACUAAACUAUUUAAAAAAUAAGAGAAAAAAGGAUGCAGUCGAUUUGUUAUUUAGCAGUUACGCAGAAAGUUUUAAAAAACUGAAAUUACGAACUCAAGCUGAGGUCAAAUUGAAAAUGGCACAGAUUUUCAUUGAAGCUGAACUUAAAGAUCUAGACUCAGAAAACGAAGUUGCAGAAGCAAUGGAUGCUUCUAACCUAACUUCACGCGGACAAUUGAAUUUUGAAUGCCCACUCCAGUUUAAAAAAGAAAUGUGAAUUGUGAAGUGAUGAAGAAUCUUAUUUAAGGUGACGGUGUUAUGUUAAACAUUUAAAAGUUAAUCAUUUGUUUCUUUUAUCAUUUUACUCUGUCACACAUGGACCUAUAAAAAGUGUUUUUAAAGGUCCAUGCUAUCAAACUGUGUAUUUGUGGAGUUUGUGUAAUUUAAGUUUUAGUUAAUAAAAAUAACAGA